ACCAUGAGUGUUCCUGUGGAAACACAGCUCCCAGAAUUCCAUAGCCAGCUUUCAACUGACAACAACUCUCCACCCGACCGAGUGGGUAGGAGACGAAGCAUAUCUGGCUCCGCCCCCGAUAGAUCUCCACCUAUCAUGGAGCCUACAGCAGCUGCCACUCCCCUCAAAGUCAUCGUUAGUACAGGCUUUCUAAGCCGGAGGCUGAAGGGCUCCAUAAAGCGGACGAAGAGCCAACCCAAGCUGGACAGAAACAGCAGUUUCAGGUACAUUCUACCUGGGUUCAGACCUGCAGACAACGACAGGGCCCAUCUGAUGCAGAGACUGAAAGAGUCACGGUCACACGACUCCCUGCUCAGUCCCGCUAGUGCAGUGGAUGCCCUGGACCUCAGCAUGGAGGAAGAGGUCCUCAUUAAACCUGUACACAGCUCCAUCCUCGGACAGGACUACUGCUUUGAGGUGAGCACCUCUACAGGCAGUAAGUGCUUUUCCUGUCGCUCUGCGGCCGAGCGUGAUAAAUGGAUGGAGAACCUCAGACGAGCUGUCCACCCGAACAAGGACAACAGUCGUAGGGUGGAGAACAUGCUGAAGUUCUGGGUGAUCGAGGCGAAAGAUCUUCCUGCCAAAAAAAAAUACUUCUGUGAGCUGUGUCUGGACGAGAGUCUUUAUGCAAGGACCACCUGCAAACUGAAGACAGACAACGUCUUCUGGGGGGAGCACUUCGAGUUUAACAAUCUGCCGGCUGUCAACACCAUCACUGUCCACCUUUACAAAGACUCAGACAAGAAGAAGAAGAAGGACAAGAACAACUACGUAGGACUGGUCAGCAUCCCGGUGGCGGGAGUGACGGGCCGCCAGUUUGUGGAGAAAUGGUAUGCAGUCAGCACACCCAACCCCGGUAAAGGCAAAGCAACUGGACCCAUGAUUCGUAUCAAGGCUCGGUACCAGAGCAUCAGCAUCCUGCCCAUGGAGCUGUAUAAGGAAUUUGCAGAGUACAUCACUAAUAACUACAUGCUGCUCUGUCCCGUCCUGGAGCCUGUGAUCAGCGUGAGGAACAAGGAGGAGAUUGCAUGUGCUCUUGUGCAUAUACUACAGAGUACUGGAAAGGCCAAGGACUUCCUGACCGACCUGAUGAUGUCAGAGGUUGAUCGCUGUGGGGAGAAAGAACAGCUGAUUUUCAGAGAGAACACACUGGGCACUAAGGCUAUUGAGGAGUACCUGAAACUGGUUGGACAGAAAUACCUACAGGACGCACUGGGAGAGUUUAUUAAAGCCCUAUAUGAGUCUGAUGAAAACUGUGAGGUUGACCCAUCCAAAUGUUCAUCCAGUGACCUACCAGACCAUCAGGGCAACCUGAAAAUGUGCUGUGAGCUGGCCUUUUGCAAGAUCAUCAACUCCUACUGUGUGUUCCCACGGGAACUGAAGGAGGUGUUUGCGUCGUGGCGACAGGAAUGCAGCAACCGGGGGCGACCAGACAUCAGUGAACGUUUGAUCAGCGCAUCGCUGUUCUUGCGUUUCCUGUGUCCUGCCAUAAUGUCACCAUCACUGUUCAACCUAACACAGGAAUAUCCCGACGACCGCACCGCACGCACACUCACACUUAUCGCCAAGGUGACGCAAAACCUCGCCAACUUCACCAAGUUUGGGAAUAAGGAGGAGUACAUGUCUUUUAUGAAUCAGUUCCUGGAGCAUGAGUGGACCAACAUGCAGCGUUUCCUGCUGGAAAUCUCUAAUCCGGAAACCAUCUCCAACACGGCAGGCUUUGAAGGUUACAUUGACCUUGGCCGUGAACUCUCCACUCUUCAUUCCCUCCUGGCUGAGGUCAUGUCCCAAAUGGAUCAGACUGCAGCCUCAAAACUUGGUCCAUUACCCAGAAUCCUGCGGGAUGUGCAGACUGCUCUGACAAAUCCGUCCAGCGUUCAGAUGAUUCUUCCGCCGGAGCGCGAACCCUCCCCCCCCGCCCCUGGCUGCAGCAUUUCCUCUGGCCUGCAGAAGAUGGCAAUCACCAACGACCUAUCAGGGCUGGUGGAUUUCACCCGUCUUCCCUCUCCCACUCCAGAGAAUAAGGAUCUGUUUUUUGUGACACGGGGCACAGAGCUCCAGCCCUUCCCCACACGCAGCUCCAGUUACUCUGAGUCCAAUGAGCCAGAGUCAGGCCUAGCAAACGGCUCAAAGAGCCUGUCCAUGGUUGACCUCCAGGAGGUGGCCAGAGGCUUGGAGUCCACACCCAUCCAAGCAGGACUGGCCUUGGAUAGGCUCACUGAAGGCCACUCAGUGCCCUGGACCACCCAGGCCUCCACACCCAAUCCCACAGGGGCUCUCACACUACACAAGCUGGCCCAGACAUCCAGCGGCCCAGGGACGGACGGUUUCCUGGGCCGGCCAACCCAGUUACUGGCCCCGCUGUCUUUCCAGAACCCUGUGUACCAGAUGGCUGCAAGCCUGGCUGUCUCUCCCAGGGGAACCACAGGAGAUUCAGGCUCUGACUGCCACAGCUCCGUCAGUUCCCACAGCAACACUGAAGAUGGGGCGGGGCCAGGAGGGAGUAAACAGUCCUUCCUGAGUCAGGGAGGCGGGGCCAGCAGUGCCGAGGACCUGGCCAGACAUUCUGGAGAGUUUUCGAGGCGGCAACUGUCACUCACUGACACGCAGCACCAACCCACCGUCCCAAGGCAAAACAGUGCCGGGCCCCAACGUCGAAUCGACCAACCGCCACCUCCAGGUGGUAUACGCGGCUGGACUCCGCCCACUCUGCUGAACUCUGGUCCCUACCCACGACCUUCCAGCAACAAUAUGAUACCAUCAUCACCUGAUUGGCCAGGCAGUGGAGCGCGACUACGGCAACAAAGCUCCUCUUCCAAAGGAGAAAGUCCAGAGAACAAGCAACACAACCAGCAUAAACAGGCCCAUUCCCCAGUGAACCCCAGUGAUCUGGACCGUACUGCGGCCUGGUUAAUGAAUAUGAGUUUGCCGUACGUAGAACCAGACUCUGACACUGACCCUCAGACGUCUGACAAGCAGCAGGUGGAGAUGGGGAUGCUGCAGGAGCAGGUGGAGAUUGGGAUAUUACAGGAGCGGCUGCAGGCGUCGUUGCAGAAGGUGGGGGAGUAUGAGGCUCGGCUGAAGGAGCAGGAUGCUCAGGCCCAGAGGAUGCUGAUGGAGUACCAGAGCCGGCUGGACCAGUCUGAGCAGCGUCUCCGUCGGCAACAAGAAGAGAAAGACCAACAGAUGAAGGGCAUCAUUAGCAGGUUAAUGUCAGUGGAGGAGGAGCUGAAGAGAGAUCACUCAGACAUGCAGGCUGUCAUCGAUUCCAAACAGAAAAUUAUUGAUGCACAGGAAAAGCGAAUAGCAUCUCUGGAUGCAGCCAACGCACGUCUGAUGAGCGCUCUGUCCCAGCUGAAAGAGCGAUACAGUAUGCAGGCACACAAUGGAAUUUCUCCCAGCACCCCCAGCAAUACCAGCAACGCCACCAAACUCCAGAUCACUGAGAACGGAGAGUUCCGGAACAGCUCCAACUGCUGAGAGAGGAAGAGAGAGAGAGGGAGAGGGAGAGGGAGGUAGGGCUAGUUUUGGGAGACAUUUG